AUGGAUUCGAUUUAUCGGUGUUUGCUUAAGUUUGUGAGUUUUUGUACUUUAAAAAUCAAACAUAAAAUUAAGUUUAUAUGUGUUUAGUGAAUGAUUGUUGCGGCCGAAGGUCCAAAGUUACUUUUCUGUAGGUUUUGUAAUAAUUUCAAUAAUUUUUUUAAUUAAAAAAUAGUUAAAAAUUAUUAUUAUUCAUUUUAGCUAUGGCCCAAUGUUGUAAACCAUUUGACGUCGAUGGAAGACGUGUGUUCGUUCGCCAUGGUCAAUAAGCACUUUUACAAGAUUGUGGCAAUAGACUUCAAGUCUUUGUGUUACAAAAACGUUAUCUUCCGUACCUAUGGCGAGACGUGGGCUUACGCGUUCCAACAGUAAGUUUUUAAAUUAAAAAAGUUAUUAACCUUGCUGUUUUUUUUUAUCAAAACUAUUAUAUUAUACUAUUCACAAACCUAUGACACUAAAGUGUUAACGAACAUCUUUCAGUUCGAGUAACCGCACUUUUGGUCAAAUAAUCGAACCAAUCAAUAACCGAAUUACGAAUAUGAUUCUACACAACAGUGUCUGUUGUCCAUAUUCUGGCACGAUGGCGAUAUUUGUGCGCCAUAAAUAUGUUUUCAUCACGAACAUUGACUCUUCUUUGAGCAUGUACCAACUAAUCGACUUCACAAAGUGGCCAGCAAUUCUCCAUAUCCAACUUAUCAAAAAAGGAGCUCAGUUACUAAUCACAACAUCAUUUUUUUAUAUUAUCUAUGACUUGACACUUGACACAGUAGUCAGAGCCUACUAUUACGAGCUAGAAACUCAAUAUGGUUGGUACGUUGUAAGAGAAAGUGAUGGUACUUUAUUCGAUGUCUACAAUCAAAUUGAGCUUGAGUUGGAUGCGUCAGUGCCACACGAUAAUUUUAAAGCUCUACUACAGCCGGUUGACACAUUCAAAGAGCGAUCAUACCUACAGUAUUACCACCAAGAAAAAGGACACAUGGUUUUAAAUUUGAAAACUAGAAAUGAAAUCAGUUUACCGGUAUUAGGCCAAUGUUCUGAACCCAUGGAAGCCAAUGGAUUUUUGAUAGAUGCUAACUGUAAGUUGUUACUGUGACAUUAAAUCGUUUAUUAAAGUUAACAUAAAAGAUAAGAUAUAUUUAUAUAUCAAAGUCAAAGCAACAUCUAGUUUAUAUUAUAAAAAUGUAAAAAAAUUACUGUAAGUAAAUGUUUUUAAAAACGUUUUAGUCAACAACGUGUGCAUUUACAAUCUGGAUACAGGAGACUGUGUAUUCAAUAAAGAUAUGCACCGAGCUAUCUUGUUUUCGAAUGAGUUUUUCUUGAGCCCUUAUUCUAAAGAUGUAAGUAUUAUACUUUCUUGAUAAAAAAGAUUUAUUUACAAACACAUAUUUACGAGGAAAGUGUCCGACCUGCCGCUCUCUGAUUUCAAACUUUUAGUAUAUUUAUAUUUACGAUGUAGAUAUAAUUUAUUCAGCAAAGUACCGAUAUUUCUGAAAAUCUCGAAAAAUCGAGAUUACGAAAUGACGUUUUGAAUUUACCGCUAAAUUGGCAUUGUGUUUCAAGUCUUAAACUUUGCCGUCUUGCCGUUUAAUCAUUUUUCUAUGAUAUACUAGUAAAACCUUUAAAUGAAAAUACUUUUAAAAUUUGAAAACGUACUUUAUCUGGAACAUCAAAAAAAGGCUUGCAACACAAUGCCAAAUUUGCCUAUCGGCGGGAAUCUCAAAUAUUUAAAUAUUAAGACAAAAGCGCGAGCCAAAAUUUUUUUAUGAGUUUUUUUAUGAUAGAAUUUAUAUAAAAAUUUUUAACCAAUUUUGAGUGGGUAUGUUCUCUAAGACGGCUGAUUUUGAGUGGGACAGGUUGGAUACUUUCUUGUUAAUUGUAUCUUACAUUUGGUUUUAAAGUUUUAGUAUGUAUUUUACGACAAAAAAUGGAAACAAUGGGUGGCAACAAAGUGCCAUUAUCGUGUCAUACCAUGUACAACUUACAUAACACUGGCACCUUUUCUUCAUGCAACCUUAGGAUAUACAUUCGAAUCUACGGAAAGUCCAGGUUUCUACGUUCACAUCGAAUUCAAGAACGGUAAGUUUUAGACUUUUCACAGACCUUCUGGUAAAUAAUAGAGUUACCGUAGUUUUCUGACAUUUAAUAUCGUUAUUUUAAACUUAAUCAAUUUGUAAAUAAACUGUAUUCAAUAUAUAAUAUAUAUAGACUGUGUAUUCAAUUUUGCAGAUCGCCUAAAUACCAAAACUUUUAAACCUGUAACGCAACAUGACGAUCAGUUUCAAAUGCUGAAGUAUUCAAGCAUCGACGAUAUAGCCUGGGAUUAUGUUAAGCUACUCUACAGAGUUAAAGAACGCGAGAACGAAGACACGGUUUUGACAUGGGCUGAAAGGAUGUUACGAUUAAAAUAG